ACCGCACUUCUUGUUGUUAGCACAAUUAUUUGUACAAAAGGAUGCGAAGUUGGUUGGUUGCAAUUCCAAAAUAAAUGUUACAUGUUUAGCCACACAGCAGCAUCUUGGGCAGAAUCUGAGAGUAUUUGCAAUGCCUUUCAUUCAAAACUUGCUGAGCCAAUGACAAAUGCAGAAUCAACAUUCUUAAAUAGCCAUAGUCAAAACAUAGCAGCUGGCCAAUAUUGGAUUGGAAUAUCUGACAUUAUCGAGGAAGACAGAUGGAUUUAUUCUUCUAAUCUACAGCCAAUCCAAGUCAACAGUUUUGACGCCAGUCAACCAAACAAUCAUGUGAUUUCAAAUUGUGUUGCACUUUGGCAACCGUUCCAUGGACUUUGGGCCGAUGAACCGUGUGAAAAGCAUUAUAAUUUCAUAUGUGAACGGCAAGAACCGGAUGGAGAUGUUAUUGAAUGAAGUGUGAAAACCUUUAUCUUUUUGUUCCACGCCCUUUAAUU